GGAACGGACCCCGGCGGGCCUGGGAACCCUGGCUCGGCAGAGGUGGCCAGGUUAGUUCAGAGGGAGAGAAGGUAUGUUCAAAAGAAUACAUUCUCUAUGAAGAAAUUAGCAGGGAAGUGACAAUUCAAAGUGUGUCACCUGUGCUCAGAGCCAUGGUCCAAGGCACAAGAUGGCAGCUGGGUCAAAUGGGCAUGAAGAGUGGGUGGGCAGUGCAUACCUGUUUUUGGAGUCCUCACUAGACAAAGUGGUCCUGUCAGAUGCCUAUGCACACCCCCAGAAGAAAGUGGCAGUAUACAGGGCUCUGCGGACUGCAUUGGCAGAGAGCUCCCAGAGCCCCGACGUGCUACAGAUACUGAAGAUCCACAGAAGCGACCCACAGCUGAUCAUGCAGCUGCGUUUCUGCGGGCGCCAGUCCUGCGGUCGCUUUCUCUGUGCCUACCGUGAGGGGGCGCUGCGCGUCGCCCUGCAGAGGUGCUUGGCAGCGGCUUUGGGCCAGCCCUCCCUGCGGCUGCAGCUGGAGCUACGCGCGGGGGCCGAGCAACUGGAUGCUUGGCUGACUGAUGAGGAGCGCUGUGUGCAAACCAUCAUGGCCCAGAAGCCCGACCGGCUCCGGGAUGAGGAACUCACUGAGCUGGAAGAUGCGCUCAACAAUCUGAUGUUGGGCCCCGCGGGUCAGGGUGGCAACGCAGGGGUCACUCCAGCCUCUUCACAGUCCCUGACCUCCUCCUCAUUGGAGAAGCUGCCACCAUCAGCUGACCAGACCUUUCUGUUCCAAGGUCACCCUAUAGUGAACCGGCCGCUGAACCUGCAGGACCAACAGACCUUCGCACGCUUAGUGGGCCUCAAGUGGCGCAGGGUGGGGCGCUCCCUGCAGCGUGGUUGCCGGGCACUGCGGGACCCUGCUCUCGACUCACUGGCCUAUGAAUUCGAGCGUGAGGGGUUAUACGAGCAGGCCUUCCAGCUGCUGCGGCGCUUCGUGCAGGCGGAGGGUCGCCGUGCCACGUUGCAGCGCCUGGUGGAGGCCCUCGAGGAAAACGAGCUAACCAGUUUGGCAGAAGACCUGCUGGGCCUGGCAGAUUCCAACAGUGGCCUGGCCUAGGCUGGGGACCAAGGGUGUGGAGCACCUGGAUGGAUCUAGGGUUCCAGCUACUGCUACUGCUACUGCUGAUGCCUCCCCCUUCCAUCCAAGGGGCUCUGAGACCACAUGUAGCACUUCAGUUUCACUGAGCAGCUGGGGGCAAAGCUUCUCAAUGAAUCAAAGCAUCUCCUGAGCCUGCAGGGUGCACCAUGGUGAUCCUGCCACAGAGUCUUUGAUAGAGACAGAGUUUGUAUACCUUCCUUUUUGGCCAGCCCUCACUUCUUUAUUCAUAGAAAAAUGACGUAUUAAGUUCCUGGAACCUCUGUGUUCUAGGUAUCAACCCUAGUGCGGCAAAAACGGUGAGCAAGACACAGGAAUCCUCUCCCCAGCUCACAUCCAGAAGUGAUAAUAAAGGGUAACACUUUUGCACACAGUGAAUUGUGGGAGUGUGGAAGCCUAUUCCAGCCUGGGGGUAGACUUCAGGAGUACAUAAGUGGGAAUGAGUGUAGGUGGGAGUUGUGAAAAGGGAAGUGUUCUGGGCACAGCAGCCUUGGGCAGUGUCUAGAGGAAGGCAAAACAAAAGGGUGUGUAAAGUACAAAUUUAGGUCAGGAGUGGUGCAUGCUUAUAGUCCCAGCACUUGGGAGGCUGAGGCAGGAGGAUCAUUGCAAGUUCAAGGACAG